GGUUUGAAUCAUUUUCAUCCUCCGGUUAGGACAGUGACAUUCCCACAUUUUCUGAACAACUAAUCUGACAAGAAUUAUCAGAGCUGAAAUAUACAUAGCUUUGCAAAGUUGUAGAAUUCGUAGCGACAUUGAAACAAAAACAUGUCUGGUUGUCUUGAGCAACGUUGGGUGAGUUACGCCAGUGACGAUACGGAAGCUUGGAAAUGUCUGGUGUUAACUCGAGCAUUGAAACGGGUCUUGACCACGCGACCGAUUGUCAUCGUCGUUUCGGAAAAUGUGUCACGUCCGAUGGGCCGCCGUCUUCAAGAGGAGGUGUCGCAAGUGUGGUGGGUUGGUCCAGAGGAAGGAAAAGGCCUUCAUUUCAGGUCAUUCGCUAAGGCCAUUGCAGCUCGUCUUCCGGCUCUGCAUAAAACGGUGUUUCUGGAUUGUGGGGUACUUCCCAUAAAAAACUGCGAUGAACUGUUUCGCCUGACCGGAACACAAUUUGUUGAAAGUGGACACUUUGCAGCGAUAAUGGUCAAGUCUCGCUCCAUCGGGAAAGACGAACAAGACCUCAUCACGAAUCUGGUCAUUGCGAAGGAAAAUCCUGAAAUACUUGAGGUGAACAACGAGGUUAAACUGGAUGAAAUUAGAUACUGCGUGGAACUUGAUGUGCAAAGUCCUCAUCAACAAUCCUUGCCGGGGGAAGACAUAAAAAUGGUGUGCUUCGUGAACGGCUACCCGACCCAAGAAGGACUGGAAGAACUGGUGAAGAGAGGACCUUUAGAGAAGGAGGUGGCAAAGUUGACCGCAUCCUUGGCUCAUGAAAUCUACUCCCCAAAGAUUGUCAAUGGUCACGGUCUAAAGCAGAGCUUACCGUGGGAGCUGCACAAUUCGAUCGCGAUCGUGGGAAUGGCAUGUCGCUACCCUUGCGCCAACACGAUUGCGGAGUUUUGGUCGCUACUGGCGAAUGGGUUGGAAGGGAUUCGGAAGGUGCCCGAGGGUCGGUGGACCAAGGACAAGGCGUUCAUGCGGAUGGACAACAUGGGGGCGACGGAGGCAGGCUUUCUCUCCUGUCCCAUCCACACCUUCGACGCCAAGUUCUUCAACACCAACGCGGCGGACAUGCACUAUCUCGACCCCCAGCAGCGCCUCUCCCUUCGCGUCGUUUGGGAGGCCUUGGAGCACGCCGGCAUCGACCCCAACACGCUCCGAAACACGCUCACGGGAGUUUUCGGAGGUUGGUGGCGGAACGAUUACAAGGAAAUGUUGCAAAUGUUGGGAAUCCCGGACACGGACUUUCUCCGCGGCUACAUGGGCAACGCCCUGGGACCGCUGACGGCUCGGAUUUCCCACUUUUUCGAACUCAUGGGUCCGUCCUUCUCCACCGAGUCGGGCUGCUCCACUUCCGUGGCUGGCGUGGACAUGGCCUGCGACAGUUUGAGGAGCGACGCGUGCAACCUGGCCAUCGCCGUGGGAGCCAACUUGCUGCUGCAUCCCUUCUCGCCGUCCGUGAUGGAGGGGGUUCUGGCUCCGGACGGUCGUUGCAAAACGUACGAUGCGAGUGCGGACGGGUUUGGUCGAGCCGAGGGCAUCGGCGUUCUCAUCCUCAAGCGGUUCUCGGAUGCCGUGGCGGACGGGGACACGAUUUGGGGAUGCAUUCGAGGAUCGGCCAUCGUGCAGGAGGGGCCGAGCAAGAGCAUGGGCACUCCCACCGUCGACGUGGAGGCCAAAGCCAUGGAGUUGGCUCUGGAACGGGCCGGGGUGGACCCGAACGACGUGGAGUUCGUGGAGACGCACGGGACCGGCACACCCGUGGGUGACCCCAUUGAAAUAGCCGCCGUCGCCAAGGCCUAUUCGCGGGGGUCGAAAGGCAGGACCAAUGUGCUCACGAUCGGCUCCGUCAAGACCAACAUCGGUCACACCGAGUCGGUUUGCGGGAUAGCGGGGAUUCAAAAGUCGGUGCUGGCCAUGAAGCACGAGCUCAUCCCGAAGCAUUUGCACCUCAAGAAUCUCAACUCGGACAUCAACCUGGACGCCAUUCCAGCCCAGCUCCCCCUGGAGGCCGUCCCCUGGAAACGAAGACCCAAGGGCGGCAAACCCAGAAUUGCUGGGAUCAAUUCUUUCGGCAUUACUGGAGCCCAGGCCCACGUGCUGGUUCAGGAGCCGCCAGAGAAUCUCCCUCCGCAUUCCUUCCCUUUCACGGACUCGAGAAAGCUGAGGAUGCUGACCUUCUCGGCCAAAUCCGAAGACGCGUUCCGUUUCCAGGUCAAAGCUUACGCUGAUCUGCUCCAGCAUGAGCCCGACGCAAACGAACCCAAGGAGCUGUUCUUGAGGGACAUUGAGUACUCGAUGCACACGGGUCGUCCCCACAUGCACCUCCGACACGUGGCCUUUGGGUCCACGAAGGAAGAGCUGCUCAGUUCGAUGGAGGGGAUCAAAAAGGGCGCCCCAAUUCCCAAUCAGGUUCCACAGCUCUGUUUCCUCUUCACGGGCCAAGGGUCUCAAUAUCCGGGAAUGGCCAGGUCGCUCUACGAACAGAGCAUCGUCUUCCGUUCCAACUUUGACUGGUGCGAGUCCGUGUUGAGCAAGGAGCAUGGCUUUCUUUCACUCAAAACUGCACUCUGGGACCACGACGAAACGAAGUUAAAUGACGGUCAGAAGUCUUUGCUGAAAUCCUCCCUGUACAGCCAAACCUCAAUUUUCGUGGUGGAGCUUUGUCUGCUUCGUCUGUGGGAAUCCUGGGGUGUGAAACCGGACGCUGUUCUGGGUCACAGUUUGGGCGAGUUCGCUGCUGCGGUGGCUGCGGGAAUGUUGUCGGCUGAAGACGCCCUCAAGUUGGUGGUCACGAGGUCCAAACUGAUCCACGCUCUGCCCGCCGCCAGCAUGCUCGUCGUCGGCACCAGUUUGGAGAAAGUGGAGCAAAGUUUGGAGCGGGCUUUCUCCAAUCAGAAAAAGUGGUUGGACGUGGCAGCGGUCAAUUCUGAGAGUCAGACCGUGCUUGCGGGCCCCACGGAUUUGGUCCACGAGUUCAAGCUCUACUGCGACAACAACGACAUCAAAACCCACGUGCUGGACGCCUCUCACGCCUUUCACUCUCAUCUCAUGGACCCAAUGCUUGCGGAAUAUGAGGCGCUCGCUCGUACGAUCGGCUACAAGGAAGCGUCGACGGGCAUCAAGUUCAUUUCUGCCGUGGAUGGACGCACGGUGAGCAAAGUCGACGCCAAGUACUGGGUGCGACACACAAGAGAAAGGGUGCGCUUUUUGGAGGCGAGCCAUGCUGCAGUCAACGAGGGCCAGAGUCUGUUCCUCGAAGUUGGACCGCAUCCCGUCCUCUCCACACUCCUCAUGACCAACGUUGACGAGGUUGCGGAUGUGGUCACGAGUGCCUCUCUUCGUCGAAAGUGUGACGAUUGGGAGACGAUGCUGGCUGCACUGGGGAAAUUGUACGCGCUGGGCCGUCCCAUCACGUGGGCCAAUUUCCAUCGCUAUUCGGGUGGGCGAAGGGUGGAGUUGCCCGGCUACCACUUUGAGGAGACGCCGUAUUGGAUGAACAUCAAGGACGAAGGGUCCAACCCCUUCCAUCCACUCCUCGGUUCCUUCGUCCCCAACCCGUCCGACGUCACCAUCUUCAAAAGCUCAGUCAACGUCCAUCGACUCCCAUUUCUCAAAGACCACGCCCUGGGCGACAAGAUUAUUUUCCCGUGCGUCGGCUAUGUCGACAUGUGCAUGACGGCCGGAUAUGCCGCCACGAUGUGCAACGAGGGCAGUUACAGCAAACCUACUUCACCUCUCUGCGUUCGGAAUUUUUCAAUCCUGACCCCAGUUUGUUUGAGUGAAAUGACGCCCACUGAAUUUCAGGUUGUGGUGUCGAAAACCGCAGAAGGUGACAUAUGCACAACUAUUUUUACGAAAGUCUUCCUGGAGGAAGACAACUACAAAUGGGUCCGCAAUGCGACUGCGACAUUUACAAGUAAUCCACCCCCACUGCAGGAAUCGGUUGUUGGAAACUUCUCCCAAAUUAAGCUUCGCUGCUCGGAACUGGUCCGGACAAACUUUAGUUACCAAGAAUUAGUGGAAUUCGGUUUCAACUUUGGUCCGUCAUGUCAAACAGUUUCUUGUGCCUUGAGGAAUCCAGAUGAUCAUGGCGAAUGGAUCUUUCCGUUUGCUUCGCACGAGUCAUCAGAGGAUCACGAGCGGUUCAUAAUUCAUCCCUGGGUUACGGACCCGAUGCUCCAGACCCAAAUUAUUGCGUCGGGUCUGCUUCAUGACAAGCAGGUUCGGAAACGUCUUGUCGUUCCCGUUCAGAUAGACAACUACACGUGGUGGGGUCAUUCUGCCCCCUCGGGUUACGUCUACAUUAAAAAUACGGACGUUGGAAACGAAGCUCAUCUUUUUGACGAUGACGGUAAACUCAUGGUUUCGAUGGUGGGGACUGAGUUUAUGGACACAACCAUCUCAAACAUCCUCUCGCUUAUCGACUCUCAAAAGAACCCUUAUCCGUCGAUGGCCGAGUACACGUGGCGAGAGAAACUGGGUCCAGAAGAAAGACGUGUUCCUGACUCUGAACGUGGUUCUAUUUGCCUUCAAGAACUUACAACGCCAGAAAUGAUUGAGCAAUUCAACAAAUUUUCUCCUACUGAACUAGACUUUUUCCACACGUUUAACAACUUGUGCGGUCUUUAUAUUCUAAAGGCCAUGAAGGAACUCGGUUUAGAUCGUCAUACGCAAUUUAGGUAUCUCGAUAUUGGAGCCAAGCUGGGUGUAGUUCCGGCUCUGAACAAGUUUGUGCGUUAUUUGUUGCACGAGAUGGUCGCAGAUGGAUGGCUAAGCCAUAGCGGACCAUCGAAUGAUGAUGACGAAUUUACUUUGACAAACUCCUUUCCUGCUCUCAACAUCAUCAAUGAGCAAAUUGGAAUACUUUCAAGUGAUAUUAUGGCAAAGGGGAUUGGAAAGGUGGACUUGGAAUCUGUCAUCUCAGUUGCGGAACUACUCUCUCAGAUUCUUACCGGGAAACAAGCAGCACGCUCUAUUCUUUUCCCAGAUAAUUCAAAAACCGGCAACCGGGGUCCGUCCGAAAUUUAUUUCACAGAAUCUCUAUUCGCAAAGAAAUCAUAUUCCUUGACUGCAUCAAAGGCAGGAAUUUUGACCCGGCUCGCCCAAAUGGGGACGAAAUCAGUCGUCAGGAUUCUGGAAGUGGGGGCAGGAGUUGGGGGUGAGACGUAUCAGUUAAUUCAACACAUGGUGAAGACUGGCGUGUCCCAAUUCGAAUACACCUACACGGACAUUUCGCCGUCGUGUUUGCAGAGAGGUGAACACCUUUUCCAAGACUCCGGGAUAUCAUCCAAGUUUGCACUGUUGAACGUGGAGACAGAUCCACUCGAGCAAGGCUUCAUCCCAGCUCAUUACGACGUCAUCGUUGCUUCUUGGGUUCUGCACGCCACGAGAGAUGUACAAGAGUCGAUUCUCAACUUAAGAAAGUUGCUCAAACCAGGAGGGUACAUUAUCAUCACCGAGCUGACCACUCCUACUCGACCCGUUAGACUCUUAUUUGGUGGUCUAGAAGAUUUCUGGGGCUUCACUGAUACUGACUGUCGGCCAUGGAAUUACGAACUGCCAGUGGACCAAUGGAGAACACUUCUUAACAAGUGCGGAUUCGAGCAAGUUACCAGUGUAGAGAGUUAUAAUCACUCCAGUUGUGUCAUUCUUGCCACCAAAUCUUUAACUAAAACAAUUUCACAUAAUUCCACUGACGACCGUGGAAAGAGGCCCGCCUGGAUAUUGUUUGGCGAUGAAGAAAGCUGUGUCACCCAAGAAUUGGAAAACAAACUCGAUCUUGUGGAUAUGAAAGUAGUGAGAAUCACGCGGUCUCAACUUGAAGGAACUACAAAUAUGGAGGAUAUUAUUGGAAAAUUACUGCAUUCACAUUUAACUGACCAAACCAUGAGUGUGAAGGGCAUCCUGUAUUUAUGGGGACUGGAUGACGAUGCAAAGCUUACAACCAAAAAGGUUUGCGAGCCAUUCCUUUACAUCUGCAAAAAUCUGGCCAAGGCGACUAACCUUAAAGUGACCAUAUUCUCACGAGGGAACCUCUGCACCGGUUCGACUGACUUUUAUCAGGCACCGCCAACCUGCUCCCCACUUAUCGCCAUGAUGAAUGUUCUUCAAAAUGAAAAUCAAGAUUUGCUUUGCAAAUUCGUCGAUCUCGAUCCAACUCCUACAAGUAAUAUCCCACAGGUCGUGGCUGAAGCCUUCACCGAAUUGUUUGCUACCGACGUUGAUGUCAUGGUGGCAUAUCGGAAAGGCCAACGCUGCACACCUCGGAUUCGUCCGUACAGGGUGAAGGCGGCCCCACUUCCAAUUCCAAGGACCCCGAGAUACAGACUCACCCUUCCAAAAUCCCUUCUCAUUCAAGACCUACACUUUGUCCCCUGCGAACCAGAACCAAUUCCUGAAAAGCAUGUUGAAGUCGAGGUGAAAGCGUACGCACUUAACUUUUUGGACGUUUUCAUGGUCACUAAACCCGACCCAGUUUUUGAAAAAUACAACUAUUUAGGGAUUGAUAUUGCUGGUGUAGUCACUGCAGUCGGAUCAAGCUGCCAGAGAAAGGUUGGAGAACGAAUUGUCCUUGUGAGACGGCGUGGUCUGGCGAUGCCAAGUCACAUUGUGGUCCAAGACUGUCGAACCGUUGUCAUUCCGGAUGAUAUUACGUUCAAUGAGGCGGCAACCUUCCCAAUGGGUUUGCUAACAGUGGCAACUUGCCUCAUUGAUGUUGCAAAAGCAGGGCCAGGGGACGUGGUUCUCAUUCAUACCGCAUCUGGUGGUGUAGGGUUAAUAGGCAUUCAGUUUGCUAGACGUCUUGGAGCCACUGUGGUCGUCACUGCAGGAAACGAGAGAAAACGCAACUAUUUACGCAGUCUCGGAAUUGAACAAGUUUUCAACUCGAGAACUACCGACUAUGAACAGAAAAUCAGGAAAGCCUUGGGUGGACGUGGGGUUACUGUCGUAAUGAACUCGCUAACCUCCCCGGGCUUCAAGGAAGCAACCCUGAACCUGUGCGAGGAAGGAGCUCGAUUUGUUGAGAUGAGCAAAAUGAACGUUUGGUCAAAGGACGAGGUAGCAAAGUUGAGACCUGAUGUAAAAUACGACAUUGUUGACGUGUCAAGUCUCUCUCGUGAAAAAAUCAACAAACUCGUGGAAUAUAUUCAACUCCAACUGCUCUCUCAAAUUGAUGAUCGGCCAACGCCGGUGCCAUACAUUCGAUUUGACGCUUCUGAAAUAAGAGAAGCUCUGGAGUACAUGGAGAAAGUGAAGCAUAUUGGGAAAAUCGUGUUGACAAUGCCCGAACAAGGAGCUGGAAAGGAGCAAUUCUACCCUCAAUUUAACGACAUUUCGACGUACCUAAUCACAGGUGGGCUAGGUGGCAUUGGUCUCGAGGUAGCGAAAUGGAUGGUAUCCGUUGGAGCAAAGAACCUCCUUCUCCUUGGUCGAAGUCCUCCAAAAUUGGACGCCUUGGACAAAGUAGAAAAGUUGCGUAGACAAGGAGCUCGUGUCGAGGUGCGACAGUGUGAUGUCGGAGAUAUGGAUAAACUGAGAGCAGUCUUAAAAGAAUUGGGUGGUGAAGCUUCUUUUUGGGUGCCGCCUUCCGGGAAAUUACCACCUUUACGAGGCAUCAUGCAUGCUGCUGGGGUUUUAUCGGACGGAACAUAUGAGAACCAGAGUUGGGAAAAGUAUGACGAGGUGUUUCAAUGUAAAGUUCAAGGAGCUUGGAAUUUGCAUCAGCUAAGUUUGGAACUCCCGUUUCCCAUGGAGCAUUUUGUGCUCUUCUCAUCCCUCACCUCCACCUUAGGAGCCAUAGCUCAGAGCAAUUAUUCUGCUUCCAACCAGUUUUUGGAUGCCUUGGUGCACUACCGGCAUUCUCUCGGCCUGCCCGGAACAGCGGUGAAUUGGGGGCAGUGGGGGCAGGUCGGUCUGGCAGCAAACCUCGUUGUUGCCUUCAACAAGCCACUGACUGUUCAUCAAGGACUUGCAGCAUUGGAACAUGCAAUGAAGUCUCACCAGACACAGAUCGUUGCCCAUGAGGCAGAUCUGGCUGGGUUGAAAAUGAUGCUCCCAUCAACUCGAGGACUCUUAGCUGAUAUUGAAGAGGAUGCGUCUCUUGGGGGAACUGACAUUGAUGGAGAUGAGUUUUGGCGAGAAUAUGAUGGUGCGUCCAACCGAGACGCCAAGUUUGAUAUUGUUCGCAGAUUUCUGAAACGCCUCAUCCGCAUCACUCUGAAGAUGGACAAGAACGAAGAGAUUGAGGACCAAGUCAACUUUCAGGACAUGGGAUUUGAUUCGCUUCUUAUGGUCGAGAUGAAGAACGGGCUUCAGGCCUCGGUGGGAAAACGGGUCAAAAUCUCCAUCAAUGCGGUCAAGGAUUGCAAAACUGUGGCACAAUUGACGGACCGAUUAGUGGAACUCAUAUCCGGGAAGGAAGAACUCGCCCCACCCACCGCGGAGGAGCUGAAGGAUUUAGUUGCUCGAGAUGCCAAACUCCCAGAAAAUAUUCGCGUCGACCCCGAAAUGAAAUCCAAACUUCGUCCUCUGUCCAAAGCAUCCACCGUCCUCGUGAUUGGCUCCACCGGGACUUUGGGCCCUUACGUCGUCCGUGAGAUAUUCCAACGGAGCCAGAUCAAAAAAGUUUACUGCCUCAUGCAACCAAGUCCAGUGGUGUCCGUCUCCGAUCGCUUUCAACGCGUAUUCGAAAAGAAGGGACUUUUCCAUGAAAUUGAUAUGACUCGAGUUGAAUGCAUCUCCGGAGACGUAAAACAGCCAUGUUUUGGGCUUAGUCAUGAAAUAUAUCAACAAAUUGUGACUGAGGUUGACGUUGUGUUUAAUCUGGCCGUGAAGGUGGCAUUCGAGGAGAUUUACAGAGACAGUGAAGAUCCCAAAAGCUCACGUGUCACUAAUGUUUUUGGAAUGAGAAAUGUGCUCUCGUUUGCAGUGGACAAGAAACUCAAGUACGUUUAUCAUGCGUCCACAUUUGCGGCAGAAACCAGAGUCGAUGACGAUGGAUGUUUUUGGGAGGGUUGGCCUGCAGAGGAGGAAGUCGCAAUGUUUCCUAAUUCAGCCUACUCCAUUUCCAAGCUAAUUUGCGACCGUUUGGCGGAACAGGCCGUGGCUGCUGGAGUUCCAUGCAAAGUAUUCAGACUUCCACAACUGGGAGGCGAUUCUGUUCAUGGGGGCAACAUCCAACUUGAAUCGUUUCUUAUGAUGCGUUUCUUGGCUUAUCUUUAUCUCGGAUCCAUGCAUGGAGCCAGAGUCCCUCUCAGCUUGAUGGCGGUGGACCAAUGUGCCAAAAUAUCAAUUGAUCUCUUUUUUAAUGACAAGGCUGGCUAUGAAGUGUACAAUGUGCUCAAUCCGCAUUUGGGUGAUGAACGAGAAUUUGAAAGUAUAGCUCGCGAGCUCGGUGUCUCUAUGAAGGUUGAAGAGUUUUCUGAUUUCUUGGAUAAAUGGAAUAAAUUGGAUUCCAACGAUGAAAUGAUUCAGCUUGUAAAAUUCGCUACUUCUCAUAAUGCUGAACUGCUUCAUCUUAAGGACCACGAGCUACCGUGGUACACUUCUUGGCGUGCCGGAAAUAAGGACGUUUUUCUCAGUAAAAAGAUGAAGGAGCUCAUGCCUGACGAAUAUCCGUCUUGCAUUACUCCUUCGUGGGACGUCCUGAGGGGUGAUCUUCGCUUUGCUAGAGAUACUGGAAUUUUAGAUCGAUACAAAAUUAAGCACUCCAACCCAUACCUCCUGGCCUAACUUGAUGGCGUAACUUCUCUAAUCAUAAGUGAGUUGUAGAUGCAGAGAUUUAGACUAAUUGUAUGUUUAAUUAAAUUAUAACCUUUUUCUCAAUCACGUAACUAAUUUGGUUGGUUUGAGUCAGUUUGGAAUAAAUACAACUACAGUAGAUUUUUGUACACAUGUCUAGUAGUUUCAUCAGUUAAUUCUUGUGUCGGAUUCCUAUAAUAAAUACACGUAAUAAAAUAAUUUACUUGCUGAAACAAUGAA